AUGCAACCACCUCCGGUUACUUAUCCACCACCUUCACAAACAGGAGCACUAUACCCUUCGCCGACAGGGAACUUACCCUAUUUCCCUCCACCACCACCACCACCACCUUAUGGUAAUCUUCUAAACGGUCAGCCCUCGCCUGACUCUAUCAUGCCUUAUUUCCCAUACUACUAUCGGAAACCUCCUCACCAGACUGAAGAUCAGUCAUCGACAACGACAACUACCAUCGGAAAACCAUCCAUGGUGAUGAUGAUUGCAACCGCUUAUCUUGGAAUUACUAGCAAAUUGAAUAAUUAA